AUGCAAAAUGAACAGCAUGAGCUUAAUGAAACCAAUAACUCUGUUUUAUUUGUUAAUAACCAAUUUCCAAAUCCGUAUGACGCUUUGGUUGAGCAUGAUAGCGUAGCUUCUAAUUCUGCUUCAUCGACUUUCUUUGAUAAUGGCUACAUUGAUUAUAUUGAAAAUGAAAAGCCUGGCGUAGAGUACAUAUAUAACCCUGAAUCGUUUGACAGUAAAAGUUUCAAUAACGAAACAUGUUCUAAUACGCAGACAUAUGAAAUAGUGAAGAAUGUUGUUAUUGAAGACAUAUUUCCGCUUGAAACAGAACAACUCAGUCCAAGUUCUCACUCGGUUCAAGUUCUAUCUCUUCGUCUUACUCCAUCACUUAUCUACAAUUCUGAAAAUGCCUCUAAUAGUUUUGAACCAUCUCAAUCGUACCUCUGUACAAGUAAUGAUAAAUCGGAUGACGAUUUGGCCGUUCCUUUGAUACAAGAAAAACUAACAGCUCAUGAAACUAUACCUCCUAACUUACCUACCUACCUAACCCCAACUGCCUGUCCUGAAUUAAUAAAUAAAUUAGUCGAUUACAGUGAUACUGAUUCAGAAUCGGAAGAACCGGUUAUAAAAAGAAAGAAAAGGUGUCAAGUAAAGAAGGAAGAAUGGACUAGUGAAAUUAAUAAAAAGAAUAGAGAAAAGGGUAAAGAAUAUUGCGGUAAGAAAAAAGUUGAUGGAGAGUGGAAAAAAAAUAUAAAGAAACCAAAAAAGGUGUUGAAACCCCGGUGCAGUUGUAAGGAAAAGAGAAAUAGUGUUAUUCAGUGUCAUAGUAUUUCUGAAGAUGACAGAAAAAUAUUAUUUGAUAAGUUUUGGAAUAUGACUUGGGAUGAAAAACGAGUUUACGUGGAUAAUUUAGUAAAAGUUUUACAUACAAAUAGGCAAAGAGAUAGGAAAGACCCUCAAAAAUCUAAAAGAGUUAACACUUUUAUUUACUACCUAAAAAAAGGUGAAGAUAUGAUAAGAGUCUGUAAAACGUUAUUUCUUAAUACCUUCUCUAUCGGUAAAUCAUGUAUCUGGGGUUGGAAGGUUGAAAUUGGUGGAAAGAAUACUGAUGAACAAUUACCAGAAAGUACUCAGAGAAAUCCAUUCGACCAAGAAAUUAAAACUUUACAGGACUUUUUAGAUGACUUACCCAAAAUGCCUUCACAUUAUUGUAGAAAAAGGACAACACAGACAUACAUACAACCAGACAUAUCAUCCAAACAGCAACUUUAUAAAAUGUAUAAAGAUUAUUCCGAGUACAUUACCAUUUGUAAGAAUGCAAAAAAAUCAAAACCGUACACAGUCGAAUACCUAAACUAUUCUUACUUCAAGAAUUUUAAAAAUUUACAAUUUUACACCUCCAUAAGACCAGGAAAAAUGAAGGGCGACCCUAAGGUUACCGACAUACGAGCUCUUAAGUAUGCACCCUCUGGAGAAAUUUUUUAUUAUUUAACUUAA